AUGGGUUGUAAGCCAGGAAAAGUUCAUGCGAUCGCUCCUAAUCAUAUAAAACAAGCAGAUGAUAUUCAGUUCCCAGUAUCCACGCAGAUUAGUACUACGACAGAUACAUCUCAAAUAGUGACGACAGAAAAUGAUAUCAUUCAACAGACUCCACCAGAACAAUCAAAUGAUGCUGCCAAUGAGACAGAGUAUGUGCAAAUGAAAGUGAUAGCUCCAGAUAUUGAUCUUACUCCUGUCGACGAUGAGACAUUCUCGUCUGCUCUAUGUCAACAACGGCAAGCUGCUAUCGAUAAUAUAUCCUAUCGGCGAGCUAUUGAUCAAUGGCAACCAAAAUCAUUGGAACAAUUAAUUGACUCGAUUAAAGUGUUAUCUAAGAAUAAAAAUGAAAUUGAUCAAGCAUGGAUUAUUUUCUAUUGGAUCUCAAAGAAUAUCCGGUACGAUACACAAGCUUACUUCAAUAAUAAUAUUGGUUCACAAGCGUCGACAAAUGUAUUUUUUAGUCGAAAAGCGGUCUGUGAUGGUUAUGCAGCCUUAUAUGCAGACCUAUGCACUAGAAUAGGACUUACAUGUCGUAAAGUGAGCGGUUAUGCAAAAGGAUACAGUUUUGAAGCUCGACAAAAGGGUUUUCAAAAGACAAAUCAUGCAUGGAAUAUAAUCUCGUUCAAGAAUGGAUAUUCGUACUUUAUUGAAUCGACUUGGGGCUCUGGGCAUUUGGACGACUCUACAAAGCAAUACAAGGCAAAACUGGUGCCUCACUACUUCCUGUGUCGACCUGAGUAUAUGAUCUAUGGACACUUGCCAGAAGAUCCUCAAUGGCAACUGUUAAAGAAACCAUUAACCAUGGAGCAAUACCUAAUGUUACCUCGCACAUACGGAAAAUUUUUUGAACUCAAUCUCAAAAUUGUAUCACCCAUCUAUACACAUAAGGCGACUUUGGAGACAGGAAAAUCAUAUGGAGAGGUGCUUAUUGCAGCGCCAACUAGUGACAUUGAACUAUCAGGAUCGUUACGCGAUGAAUCGAAGACGAAAAUUGAAGGUGGUGAUUUUGUGUAUUUUGAUCGGGAUGAAAAUUUGUGGCGAUGCCGUUUUGCUCCUCAAAAAGUUGGUAAUCAUACAAUUUUAAUAUUUGCUGGUAAGAAGACUGGCACAACAACGUUGGCUUCCAGUUGUACUGUCGAGUUCACCUUUGAUAUUGAUCAGAUUCCUACAGUUCCGAUCUCAUAUCCUUACAUAUGGUCACAUUUUUUCGAUUAUCACCUUGAAAUUAUCAAACCAGUCAAUACUCGUUAUAUUGAUUGGCCAUCAGAUAAGAAUAAUCCUUAUUGUGAAAUUCUUGUUCGUUCUCAUGAUGAUGUAUACGUUUCCGGCAAGAUCACAAAUAGUAUGAGUGGUAAAACCAUAGAAAAUGGAUCAUUAGUAAAUUUUAACAGUCCAGAAUCGCUUUGGCAAUGUCUCUUUGUUCCAUCUAAUAGUCAUGCAUCGUAUGAAUUAACGUUAUUUGCUCGGCGCUUCAAUGAAAAUGAAUCACAUUGCGUUGCUCAAUUCGAUUUAAAACAAUCACAUCAGUCAACGCAUCAAAAUUGCAUAUCAUUGCCGAUUACGUAUUCGCAGUUUCAAGAAGCUAAAUGUGAUUUAUUUGAGCCACUCAAUGGAGUAUUAAAGCGUGAAUCAAAAGUAACAUUUCGAUGUCGAAUUCCUGGUGCCCAUGAAGUCAGUAUAACCAUAGAUGGACAGUGGUUGAAAAAUGAUUCAACAUUUAGUAUGAACGAAAAUUAUCUGUUUCAAUGUGAAUUUCAAGUAGGACAGAAAGAAGUCGUUGUGUGGGUGAAAUUUGACAAAAAACAAUCAAGUUACCAAGGAUUAUUAAAAUACUCAGUUAAAUAA